AUGAAAAAAUUCAGGCUCAGCACAUGGCUUGGCUCCGGCUCAACAUCUGAUGCUGCCGAAGGCGACGAGCCGAAGCAAAACCGCCGCUCCUUUUCCCCGUUUUCUGCCAGGUCCAGCGCCAAAGUCAAGGAUGAGAUUUCAACCGAGGCCUCGGCCUCCAAGGAUGCCUAUACUAUGCCAGAAAGCCCCGUUUUGUCGCCAUCGCGAUUGACAGAGCUCGCGAAGAAGAUCGCUCUCGAGACCGAAAAGCUCGAAAAGUACAUGCAGGACAACAGCCUGCCAAUGCCCACCUUGGACCCAAGCGGGCCGGGCGAUUUUCCAAAGCUUCCCGAGGACAUUCAGAAGAGUCGUAUGGAGAUCAUAUAUGCGACUCGGGAGCUUGAGGCUCUGGCUCACGGACCCAGAGAGGAUGUUAGAUGGAAGACAUGGAGUUAUCAAGAUAGUCUCAGUCUACAGCUUGUGAACCAUUUCCGCUUGGCCAAGCUUGUUCCCAUUGACGGCACCAUCACACUCGCCGAACUUCAGUCCAAGACUUCGCUGGACCCCGUAAACGUAGCCCGCAUUCUACGCCAUGUCAUGACCAAUCGCAUAUUCCGCGAGCCUUCGCCCGGUGUCAUCGCCCACACGGCAGCAUCACGUCUGUUGGCCGAAGACCAAUCGUUACAGGACUGGGUUGGCUACAAUCUCGAGGACAACUUCCCAGCCUCCGCGCAUGUCCUACAGGCUCUCAACGCAUACCCAGAGGCCACUUCUCUAACACGCACAGGCUUCAACUUUGCAUUCGACACGGUGGACAAGGAGCCGAUGUUCGUCACCUUUGGCAAGGAUCCGGCCCGUGCUAAGCGUUUUGGCGGUGCCAUGCUCAGUCUCACUGGUGGGGAAGGCUACGAAGUUAAGCACCUAGUUGAUUCCUACGACUUUGGCGAGAUUGACUCCAAAGGAGGGACGCUGGUAGAUAUCGGUGGCAGCCACGGCUUUGUGUGCGUCGACCUGGCGAAGAAGUGGAGGAACAUGAAGUUCGUGGUACAAGAUCUCCCGAAGACAGUCGACUCGGCGCCGAAUCCGAUAUCCGACGACUCCCAAGUCUCUGAGCGUAUCGAACUCGUAGCGCACGAUUUCUUCAAAGAGCAGACGGUGAAGGAUGCCGACGUCUAUUUCUUCCGCUGGAUCAUCCACAACUAUUCAACACCCUAUGCAGUCUCUAUUCUCAAGAAUCUCGUUCCGGCACUGAAGCCUGGCGCUAAAGUCGUCAUCAAGGACCACUGUCUGCGAGAGCCGGGACAAGAGACGCCGUGGGACGAGAGGAUCAUCCGCAGCAUGGACAUGGUCAUGCUGGCUGUGCUGAACGCGCAAGAACGCAACGAGGACGAGUAUCGAGAACUGUUCAAAGCGGCAGACGAGCGCUAUGUUUUCAAGGGUGUGAUGCGGCCCAGGGGGUGUAGGAUGAGCAUCAUCGAAGCGGUAUGGGAUCCAGAGGGGUUGGGCACCGCAGCGGGGCCGAAUGACUCCGUUCCGGCGGAGAUCAAGGAGGAAUAA